AUGCAUGGAAAUGAUCCAGAAAAAGGUCUCGCGCCAUCCGAAAAAGACGAAGCACAACCUACUGAGAAGUCAGUUGCUGCUGGUCCAGCACCCGCGGCACCAGGGAUCGGUCCACCACCUGACGGAGGUGCACAGGCAUGGCUGGUCGUACUAGGAGCUUUCUGCGGUCUAUUCGUCAGCUUCGGCUGGAUCAAUUGCAUCGGCGUCUUCCAAGCAUACUACGAACGUCACCAACUGAGCGAGUUCUCUACCAGUACAGUAACAUGGAUCACAUCGCUAGAAACCUUCACAAUGUUCUUCUGCGGCCCAAUAUUCGGAACCAUGUUCGACAGCUACGGCCCACGUUGGAUUCUUCUUCUCGGCACAUUCCUCCACGUCUUCGGCUUAAUGAUGGCUUCCCUUUCAACAGAGUACUAUCAGUUUAUCCUUGCACAAGGAAUCUGCAGUCCAAUCGGCGCAAGCGCCAUCUUCAACGCCUCUGUCAACUCCGUCAGCACCUGGUUCGCUAAGCGUCGUGCUUUCGCCCUCGGCGUAACGGCCGCUGGAUCCAGUCUGGGUGGAGUCAUUUUCCCGAUCAUGGUCACCCAACUGAUUCCCAAAGUCGGGUUUCCCUGGGCGAUGAGAAUCUGCGCCUUCCUCAUUUUGUUCAUGUUGGGCAUCGCCAAUCUCACGCUGAAGUCAAGAUUACAGCAUCGCCGGAAACCAUUUGAUUUCCUCGGUUUCCUGAGGCCGUUGGCUGAGCUCAAGUUUUCCCUUACGCUUGCUGCUUCAUUUUGCUUCUUCUGGGGCAUGUUUUUGCCAUUCACUUUUGUUAUUACCCAGGCUGAGAGGUAUGGCAUGUCUAGCAACCUAGCCGGGUAUCUGAUUCCGAUUUUGAAUGCCUCUAGUAUCUUCGGCCGCACGCUCCCAGGCUAUCUUGCCGACAAAUUCGGCCGCUACAACAUGAUGGUCUUAACAACGUUUUUCUCAUCCAUCCUCGUCCUAGCCCUCUGGCUACCAUCGAGAGGCAACGCCCCAGCAAUUGUGUUCAGCGCCCUAUACGGCUUCGGCUCUGGUGCGUUUGUCUCACUUGCACCAGCUCUUAUAGCGCAAAUCUCCGAUCUUCGCCAGGUGGGCGUGCGUAAUGGCACUUUCUUUGCUGUCAUCUCGUUUGCCGCCUUGACCGGUACUCCUAUCGGCGGUGCUUUGGUGAAAGAUGUUCUCCAUGACGAUUAUACCCGGUUACAGAUAUUCGCUGGUGUUGUUAUGAUUGCUGGAUCUAUUCUGUUUGUUUUUGCACGGGGGACUGUUGGUGGGUUUAAACUUAACAAGGUAUAA